AGAAAAAAGAAAAAAAGGUAUGAGUUUUGGUUUUGUGUGAUGGAAGUGAAGCUAAGCCAAAGACGAGACCUUCUUCUUCCCAAACUCCUUCCAAACCCAAACUUCCCUUCUCACAUUCACAGAGAUUUAAGCUUCUAUUUGAAUUCAUGGGCAAACAGUAAGAGUUCCUUUCACAAGCAUUUUAGAUACAUUGCUCAGAAAUGGAGGUUUCGGAUUCAGGAGAUGUCAAAGGUUCAACACCCCACCAAACACUACUUGGUUCAUGUUGUCAAAGAGGGUGAGACUUUAACUUUGAUUUCAAUGCAGUAUAGUGUCUCAAUAUCUGCAAUCGCUGCUGCUAAUAGGAGUAUCGUUGACAUAGACCUUGUUUUCAAAGGGCAGCACCUUAACAUUCCUUCUGCCUCAGGAGACACUCAAAUGCUGCAAAUUAAAUUGCCAGAAAACCAUCUAGGCUCUCUCAAUAUCUUGCAUGGACUUCUGGGGCAGAGGAAUAUCAAUGUGCUAUCCUCUUAUUGUUUACCACAUGAUAAAACCACUGGAUAUUUUCUAGUUCUGGUUCCUCUCAUAGCAUUUUGCGUCAGAUGCAUAAUUUCUGCCUUGCACACUAGAGUUGCUGGCAAGUUCAGACAUCAAGUUGUGAAUGAAUCAGAGGGACGACAUCAUGGGUGCAGAAGCAUGCGGUGGAAAUCUGCUCUCAGUGAAAUACUGGAACCAGAUACUUUGGAUGCUGUGUCAAGUUCACAUUCCAAUAGCCUUUCAGAAGAUCAAUCUCAAGUUUCUUUUGAAGAGGAGCCACGUGCUUAUGGCAAGCUUGAGCAAGAUUACCAGAAAUUUCUAUCAGAAUGUGGAAUGAGUGAAUGGGGUCACUGGCGUGGAGGUUCUCCUAAAUAACUUCUAGUGCAGUAACUUUGAGCCAAGCUAUGGAAUCCCUGUAGUAGCAUAAAAUUUUUCUUUUGUUUUUUGUUUUAUGAUUUUUUCGAUUGUGCAGAUUUUAGACAGACAUACAGAUACAUAUAGAUUUUGCUAGAAUAUAGAAUUAGAUUUCAAAUUCAUUAUAUUUCGCCCCUUUUACUUUCAACUUUUAGCUUGUAUAUGUGCUAAGAGGUGGUUGGAAAAUCUUUAGCUAUGUAAUGUGAACGGUUUUAAGGAACUGGAAGAAUUUAUCAUUAUUAU